AUGACCUUCUCCCAGAGAUUCCAAAUGACGGAAAGUGACUCAGAAGAUGAAGAUCUCCCAGGCGUUCCCGAUGCAAAUCCAUUCGAUGAUGUCUUCAUGGACGGAGAUGCAUUCUUCAAUACUGCAGGUCAACCAAUUAUGUUCACUGCAGGAGAAACCACAGACAGGCCACAUACCGAGUUAUGGAAUGGUAUGGAUGCCCUAGAGCUCCACGACCAUGCUGUCUUGGGCAAAAUGUCAAAAUCAGUUGAGGAUAUGUUUGGGGACUCGAAGGAAGAUUCUACCAUCUCUGCUGUUAUCGCAGCAAUGGAUGCAAUGGGACUCGACAACGAAGAGGAAGAAGGAGAGCAGUCAACACGUGAAGAGGAUGCUGAAUGGGCACCUCAUGGUUGCAAAACGAUGUUUUUCCUUGAUCUGCUUGAUAAUCUUCCGCGUCUCCGUCUCUCUGAUGAUCACAUGAAAGCCAUCAUUUGGGCAAUGAAGGACAUCAGGAAAAUCCAGAUCGCUAAAUUAUGCACAAUUAACGUGAUCAACCGAAUUGUGCACAAACAUGCACAAUUCUGUUGGAACGUGAAUAACAGAAGGAGUCAACUUUCAAUUAUGCAAGAUUGUGUUCCAUUCCAACUGAAUAAAGCUCAAUUUCCUCAGCUUUCCCUUUGA